GUUUCCAAUUACAUCUUGACUGACACAUCGUCGGACCAAUCAGAGCACCCCUUUGCUCUGCCUUCGUUGACGACAGAAGGAAGGGGGAGGGUCGGUAGCAACAGUUGCCCGGGUGAGGGACGGAGCGGCCAUAGCCACGGUAGUCGUGGCGACAAGAACCCCGGCAACGGCAAUCAACAACAACAACAACCCCCGGCGGCUAGUUCCCCGUCCCCCCCCCCCACCGUCACCGCCGCCACAUUACACGGUCUUUCCGUUCCUAGCAGGGUGGGGGCCGGACUCUUCCCCCACCGGGCACUCCCCGCCGCCCAGCACUGGACUGAAGCCGGAACCCCACGUCUCCCGCAGGGAAGGGGACUCUCUCACCACCCACUAUGGCUACACAGGCCUAUGUGACGGAGCUGCAGGCCACCCCACCUGCUGCGGCCCAGGCCACCCCACAGCAGUAUGUGGCUGAACUGCAAGUGGCUCCCCCAACGCCCACUCCACAGCCGGCUGGUUCUCAGACCCCAGCCCCACAGCAGUACAUUGUGGUGACCGUGUCCGAAGGGGCCGUGAGAGCCAGUGACGGGGAGCUGAGCCCAGGGGGAUCCUCUGCCCCUCAGACCGCGGUGCCCACCCAAGUAGUGCAACAAGUGCAGGCAGCACAGCAGAGGCUGCUGGUACAAGCCAGGGUCCAGCCCAAAAUAACUGCAGUGUCCCCUCUGCAGCUAGCAGGAGCAGCUGUACCCCAGCAACGCCUGGUGGUGCAGAGCACUCCCCAAGGCACGAAGGCAGCGCAGGUCUCCCUGGCAGUGCACACAGUGCAGCAGCCGGUAAACUCCCCUCCAGAGAGUGACAGCUCGGCCCUGAAGACAGGACAAAACCAGUCGCUGCAAGUACACGGAGCUCCCCAAGAGUGUUCCGUUGUACAGGUUACUCCCCAGCCUCAGAAGUCUUCGCCUGUGCAUCAGCUGAGUAUCCAGGGGCUGCAGCAUGUCCAGGGGACACCGGAGAGUGGAGACAGGCAGUUCCUAAGUAGUUCAGCUGAGGAUCAGACAGAGCAGCAAGAGUUAGAGAGCGUAUUCUACCAUCACCCUGCCCCGGCCUUCCACUGCACGCAGCCUGAGUGGUUGGAGCUCUUCCGCUUCAUUCCCCAGCAUCUGCUGUUCUCCAGCCCACUCACAGACUACCCAGAGCAGAGAGUCAAAGUGCAGAGGGUGCCACAAGUGCUGAUGUUUGGCACAGCCGCCACCGCUCUGAAAGUCCAGCAGUUGCAGCAGGUUCCUGUACAACAUGUGUAUCCUGGACAGGUUCAGUAUGUGGAGGGAGGAGACACCAGCUACACUGCAAGCACCAUCCGCUCUGGGUCCUUCCCCUAUACGGAGAGCCCCCUUUACAGCCAAGCCACAAGCUCCACAUACUACGAGUCUCAGAGUUCCACGGGCCAGGUCAAUUCUCCCACCUCAUCCCCAGCUUUGGCCAGCAGCCCCUCAGUUCCUAUGUAUGUAUCAGGAGGGCAGAUCCUCACCAACGCCACCCCACCAGGUCCAGCUGGAGGAGCAGGAGCUGGUGGAGGAACGGGAUCUGGGACCUACGUCAUUCAGAGUGGAUUCAUCAUGGGCAACGCUACUCAGUCCUUCUCUCACACCACACGUGCCUCUCCUGCCACAGUGCAGUGGCUGCUGGAUAAUUACGAGACAGCAGAAGGAGUGAGCCUCCCCCGCAGCACCCUCUACUGCCAUUACCUGCUGCACUGCCAGGAGCAGAAGCUGGAGCCGGUGAAUGCUGCUUCCUUUGGGAAGCUCAUACGCUCAGUCUUCAUGGGAUUGCGCACCCGUAGGUUGGGAACCAGAGGCAACUCCAAGUAUCACUAUUACGGUCUCCGAAUAAAAGCCAGCUCUCCCCUUUUGCGCCUGAUGGAAGAUCAGCAGCACCUCGCCAUGCGUCAGCAGCCAUUCUCCCAGAAACAGAGGAUGAAGCCCAUACAGAAGAUGGAGGGGAUGAGUAACGGGGUGGGAGGUGCCCUUCAGCCUUCCUCUGGCCUAUCAGAUAUCAGCUCGCAAGUCCAGCAGUACCAGCAGUUCUUAGAUGCCUCAAGGACAUUACCAGAGUUUGCCGACAUAGACAUACAAGGAAAACCACUUCCGGAUGGUAUUACCUUGACCAAUAUUAAGGCCUUCCAGCUGCUGUACCGGGAGCAUUGUGAGGCUAUAGUGGAUGUGGUGGUGAAUCUACAGUUUACCCUGGUAGAGACUCUGUGGAAAACCUUCUGGAGGUUCAGCCAGACACAGCACAGUGAUAACACUGUAGAUGAUGAAGCAGAGAAACGCUUGCCUAAGGACUGUCUAGUUGUCUUAUCCAAGUACGAGCCUUUGUUGAAAUGGAGCCGGGACUGUGAUCACCUGCUGUACCAGGGGCUGGUGGAAAUGCUUAUCCCAGAUGUGCUGCGCCCUAUCCCCAGUGCCCUGACACAAGCCAUCCGUAACUUUGCCAAGAGUCUGGAGAGCUGGUUAACAAGUGCGAUGAUGAAUAUCCCAGAAGAGAUGGUCAGAAUUAAGGUUGGUGCUGCAAGUGCCUUCGCUCAGACUUUGCGCCGCUAUACAUCACUGAAUCACCUGGCCCAGGCAGCUCGAGCUGUGCUGCAAAACACUGCGCAGAUCAACCAGAUGCUCAGCGACCUCAACCGUGUAGAUUUCACCAAUGUACAGGAGCAGGCCUCCUGGGUGUGCCGCUGUGCUGACCGCGUGGUCCAGCGACUGGAGCAGGACUUUAAGUUGACACUACAGCAGCAGAGCUCCCUGGAACAGUGGGCGGUGUGGCUGGAUGGGGUUGUCUCCCAGGUGCUGAAGCCGUAUCAGGGGAAUCCUGGCUUUUCCAAAGCUGCCAAAUUGUUCCUACUAAAGUGGUCCUUCUACAGCUCCAUGGUAAUACGGGACCUCACUCUGCGUAGUGCGGCCAGCUUUGGUUCCUUCCACCUGAUUCGCCUCUUGUAUGAUGAGUAUAUGUACUACUUAGUAGAACAUCGCGUGGCUCAGGCCCGUGGAGAAACGCCUAUUGCUGUCAUGGGAGAGUUUGCCAAUGCAGGGAGCUCGUUACACGCCAUGGACCAAGACAAGGAUGAGGAAGAGGAAGAAGACGAUGAGAGUGAUGAGGACCUGACUCAUGAGCUGCCCCUGAACUCCAAUGAUUCUUCUAAUGUGCUAGGGUCCGACUCCCUGGAACCACCCAGCAAGCUGGCACGAACCGACCCGCAGAGUAUCUUUGUGCAAGUGCCCUCAACCACCUAAUCCGCUCCAGACUGGCCAGCUAAGCACCAAAGCUUUCUGGCAGCAGCACAUAUGGGACAUUGCCGGGGGCUUCUCUGUAUUACCGGCCCCAGUAAUGCACUAGUUAUGAGUGAAAUACAAACGUCUACAAGGAAAA